UCCCCACAAUGAGUGAGAGCUUCGACUGGAACUACCCAGGCCUAAACUGGUCUCAUUUUCACUCUCUUGCCAACCUCCUUUCGCUUCGAAAUGGCGGCCAGGCCGAGCCUUCUUCGUUAUCUGAUACAGUGCUUGAAGAAGACUGGGAUUCCGAUGACAACGGAGUUGGGAAUGCGCCUAGCAUAGAUACUAGAUUCGCUCAUCAAAUAUCAGACUCGGGGCAUGGGAGGCUGAAACGAAGGUUUCUUGACUGUUUGGCUGAAUUCGCGGCUAACAAGAAGGGCGGGACAGCAGUUGCUUGCUCCGCCAUGAAGGAGGCUGAAGACAAUGUCGUCAUCUGGAUUGCUCGUAAUGAAGGCUUCGCAGAUGUGGAUAAGCCUGCGUUUGAAAAAUUGGGAAAGCUGCUGGGUUCGUUAUCUUGCAACAGUGCCGAUCAAUCCGAGACUCUCUUGUGGGAAGAGAUAGUCUUGUAUCACCAGAACCGGAUUGAACACAGCUAUAUUCCUAACUUGAGGGCAAGCUUCAAAGCUUACGACGCUGUCCGCAGGAGGAAUGAUACCAACACACCAGAAAACAGUUCAGUCUCUGAUACUACCCUAUCCGUCCUGCGGUCUCUUCUCUUUGAUGGUAACAUCAACGGUAUAAGCACCCUUGAAAAGCACAUGAGGCUUGUUAUCGCAUCAUACAACCUGCGUCGGACAAGAAACAUUGAGGAGGUACUCUACAGCUCUCCAAGUGCGACUUCCACAUCGAGGAGCUUGUGGUUGGAUAUCUGCCUGCUCGCCCGACUCCGAGUGGCAUUCCAGAAUUUCAAAGACAUCGCUCUCACGCUUCCAAGCUUCGAACAAGUCACAAUCAUCCUGGUCCCUCGUCCUCCUGCGCCUGCAAACCCAUCUCAGCGCCCGCUCAACUUGAAGCAGACCUUCGGUAUCCUCCAACUUGAUCUGGGUCAUGCUACAACGAAAGCCGUCUUAGGCCAGAAUUGGACUGUCACUAAGAUUGAACGCGAGUUCGCAAAACGACAGAAGCAAAAGCCCAACGUACACGCCGAGGUUCAAAUGCUGAUGUCUCUGAAUACCAACGAAUUAUCCACCUCAGUCGUAUGGGCGAUUCACGACAAGAGGGUGCCACGGACGCCUCUUCAAGCCAUGGACCGUGCCAAGCGUGGAUCGACUUCUGCCUGGUCAGGCCGAUCGGACGGCAAAGGCUCUUAUGCCUCAGUCGAGGGCCAUAUUCAGCACGAGCGAACUUCGGUUAUUGGAGGAAGCAGCGUGUUAGGUGGUGAGCGAGAGGAACGCUCACUGAGACAGUUGCAGAUUGACCGGCUGAGGAUGAAAGCAGAACGCGACAGAGUUGCAGAGAUGUUCAAAAAGCAAACAGAGGACACGAUCAGUUCAACCAGGCGCACGUAUUUAACUCCAGAAGGAGAUGAGCCGGAAUGGGACUGCGAUAUAUGUAGGAGACCGACGACGAGAAGGUGCAACAUUUGCAACAAAGGUUACUUCUGCAGCGAUUCGUGCCAGGAGAAAAGAUUCGGAACCCAUUUGUUUACAUGCUCUAAACGCCCACUCACAUCCGCUGAUUAUCUCUGGAAGUCAUUGUCGGAGGAUCUCAUGCCUGAAGAGGAGGAUGUUCUUGAAGACUUCGGAUUUAACAACGCCCUCCUUGGCGGGGAGAGCAGUUACCUUCUGGGGGUCUACGGAGGCCUCUAUCGUUCCGGCAAGUUCUCAGCGGAGGAAAUACAUGAGUGGCGUGUUGGGGGCAUCCUGGCCGAUAAGAUCAAGGAGUUCUAUUACAGCAUUCCGGAGAACUCCCGCGGGCAAUACUUUCCCUGGUUUCUGAAGAAUCUCCAUGUCCUUGAGCGCCCUAUGACCAAACAUGAAGCGCAACAGAAGUUGAUAGCGACUUUCUACGACAAGGCCAGGCCAUACAUAGACGUCGAGGAUCGCAACAAGACGGCUAGGGAGCUGAAGCCAGAAGCCAAGGGAACUAGUUACAACUUGCUGGCGGGAGUGUUACUCCGGAGUAGUCCUAAUCCGAUUGACAUAAACUGGUACUACUUCGGAUUUGUAACCUGCCGCGCACAGCACGAAGAAAGCCUGCUUGUAGAUCUCUACCAGCUCCUUCUCACCAACAGCGACGGAAGUUUCUUCUACGAGUUCCAUAACCGCCGAAGAGGUGUUGUUCAGCCUGCCACGUUUACACAGUUCUGGAAAGCAUACGAGGCGGGAACACUUAUCCAACUCAUGGAUUCGAAGGGGCUGAAGGAACUACGAUCCAGGCUCCCGUUCCUAGAGGGCUUUUUGUCCGUGCCGCCGGCCGGGCCCCGGCCGUCCGUAUGGGGCCUGAAGCAAUUUCUUGAGAUCAGCGAUCCGAUGGAGUAUCCGCCCAUUCCAUCGGUCAACGCUGACUAUGGAUUUAUCAACUGCCACACUUUCGAGGAAACUUGCACACUAAUGGAAAUCUACGGGCAGGUUCUGAAGGCCGCAAACCCACUGGAACUCCACCAGGCGUGUGUGGCUGGUGAUUUGUUUCAAUUUGCAAGUGGUUAUGUCCGGAUGGAGGAGCGGUGGAGGUCGUUGAUGAGGAAUUUCUAUCCUUUGGAGAAAGUGGUCGAGUCGGAGCUGGAGCCACAGCUGAGGCCAGAGCAUAGUGCAGAAUAUGAUACAGCAUCACUAAGCGCACACAGUCUUUCUGCCAAGACUAACAAUCCACCUCUUUGUCUGGAGAAGCUUGGGGUGUACAUUUUCAUCAACUAA